AUGGCCACCAUCUUCAAGCCGGCAGCUGCUCGCCAGGCUGUCCGAGCUGUCAACCAGGUCGCUCGCCCUUCAACUCGUGCCGCUCGCCCUGUCCUCAAAAUCACCACCAACACUCGAGCGCUUUCCACAACUCCCGCCCGCUUCCAAGAUGACGAGAAGAAGCGUGCCACGACCGCGGCUCCCGGUGCCUUUGCUCGUACCGACGACAGCCUCGUCAUUGAGCACCCCAAGGACGAGGAAAUGCCUCGCUCGCCCGUUGUCCAGGGUCGUGGUGGUAUGCACUUUAAGCGCACCCUAGCUUCGUUUUCAUUGGAAAACAAGGUUAGCGUCGUUACCGGCGGUGCCCGUGGUUUGGGUCUAGUCAUGGGUCAGGCACUAGUCGCCUCCGGCUCCGACUUGGCUAUUGUCGAUUUGAACAAGGAUGAGGCCCAAGAACAGGCUGAGAAACUUGUUGCCCAGUUCCAAAAGGAAAACCCUGGCUUGGAAGAACUCCCCAAAGUUACCGCUCACUAUGCCGAUGUGUCCGACCCCGAUUCGGUGAACGCCGUCCUCGCCAAGAUCAUCGAGCAACACGGCAAGAUUGAUAACCUGGUCACUUCGGCCGGUUUCACUGAGAACUUUGACGCUAUCUCCUACCCGUACGACCGUAUCAAGAAGCUCUGGGGUGUCAAUGUGGAUGGAACAUACCUCUUCGCAACUGGUGUUGCCAAACACCUGAUGGAGCGCAACGCUCCUGGCAGCAUUGUCAUGAUCGGUAGUAUGUCCGGUGCUAUUGUCAAUGUUCCUCAACCCCAGGCUCCGUACAACGCCGCCAAGGCUGCUGUACGACACUUGGCUGCUUCACUUGCCGUUGAGUGGGCAGGCUCCAACAUCCGGGUUAACUGCAUCAGCCCCGGUUAUAUGUUGACUGCAUUGACCAAGAAGAUUCUUGACGAGAACCCAGAGUUGAACAAGAAGUGGACCUCUUUGAUCCCGCAGGGUAAGAUGGGCACCCCUGAAGAUCUUAUGGGUGCCGUCACCUUCUUGUUGAGUGACGCUUCCCGCUAUGUCACUGGUGCGGAUCUCCGUGUUGAUGGUGGAUACACCGUCACCUAA